AUAGAAAAGUCACACUCCUACGUCUAAAGACUAUUUCUUAUCUUCCUGCCAUUCAAAAUGAAAUUGACCAAUAUCAUUCAAAAACCCCAAUUGUCCUGUCGAUCAUCUGCCAGAAGUAACCACCGACCAUACAAACAUUUCGCAAUAUGUUGUUCAUUUUCCAAGCUCCUCCCUCUCAGUCCCUCCCCUUACGACCUUCUAUUUAAGUGAGCCAAAGAUCGUCGUCCCUCACAUCAAUUCUGCAUGUCUCUCUCUCUCACUUGUUGUUUUCGUUGAAUGUGUUUUUCGAGCCCUGUUGUGGUGGCGCUGGCGCCCCAUCAUGUGACUCCGCCCUCUACGCUUCUGCGCACACACUCUCUCUCUUGCAUACCUCUCCUUCUCUGUUCGCUGACCCUCAAACAGCUAUUCUCUGGUUACCACUGCCAAACUGCCGAGUCUUGUUCCUAUCGUCUUGUCUUGUUUUUCUAAUUUCUUCCCUAUCUAUUUUUUGAACGUUUAGUUUAUUGUAAAGAGUUUUCAGACACUGAAAACUACCAAAAAAUCAAAACAUGAUGGACAACAACAUCACCGAAACUGAAAUGAAGGUCGGACAUCCACCAGCAAACAAAGUCGGAGGACGUCGUGUUGUUAACCGCAAAGAUCGCAAAAACUCGGACUCUAAUGACAACGCUAACUCAGAAGGAUCUGACGAAGUGGUACGCGAGAUCAUAGACUAUGAUUUGCCAGCUAAGAUGGAAAGAUCAUAUCCAACUGAAGCUGUGAAGAAAGUACACGAGAAACCAAUGCCAGCAAUUCAACCAGUUCAUAUCAAUCGUGAUGCUAAUAGCGGUGUUCACCGAUUCCAGCCACGCAAGCAAACCCAUUAAACUGUGUAUCUCGACUAUCAUGGACAAAUCUCAUGGACAAAAAAAUCAUAUUGUAUCUACCGUUGACUUAUUCUUGUAUAUUUUAUUUUUUGGGAAUAACAUUGAAUUAUCUCUCGGAUACUGUAAAUUUGUAGAACUUUGGUUGUAUUUAACAUUCCCUCGUUUUCCAAUGCUUUUUUUAAAAAUAAAUGUAUAUAGACAUU